ACCGAUAGGUACCCACUUUUAUCUCCAGUUCUUUCCUACAACAAAGGGUGCUGUUUAUAUUUGAACAUCUGGUCCUUUCCCUCAGUUUUUGACCUUUUGGGGAUGCGUGCCUACUAGUGACAUCACUGGGUCCAAAUUCAAGCACAAUUUAAGUGAUUUUUUUUUGGGGGGGGGGGGGAGAGGGAAGGUGUUUUUUAGUUUGGCCGCUAUCCACUCACAACUCUUGCCAGCAAUGCAAGGGUGUACCAGUUCUUCCACGCCCCCUUCAACAAUGUCGUUUUUUGCCAAUGUAGUAUUUCCUCUUCCUAUUCCUCCUCCUCCAUCCAUCUGCCCGUUUCCCCAGCCAGCUGUUCUCCCUUCUAGUCUAGUUCAUCCCAGUUUCAGCAACAGACACGUCAGAAUUUUCCAGGAGGGUGCAAAACCUCCGCAAACGUUAAGAGCUUUUUUGGCCCUCCGAGAGGCAGGUAUACAGACCUCAGCCAAUCAGGAGGCGAAGGGUUAUGGCGUUACGAAAAUGACAUUAAGAAUGACGUAUCCAAUGUACCAGGCAAAAUGAGUGUGUAAAGUGAGACCCGUAGGGCGGAAGAAAAAGGGACAACCAGCUAAUCCGCAAAAAGGGUGGGACUAUGUUCAACGAUCCCCGGAGCCUGGGGGUGGAGACCUUUGCAGCAAAGUGAGAAGGGAAGAGUGAUCGAGGCCGAGGGUCGGAGAGCAACUCAGCCAAUCGGCAACGGCGGAGGGGACUGGCGGGACCAAUAGGAGGGCUCGAGAGGAGGGGCCGGUGAAGCAGUUGACGGCGGUUGGCAACGGUUGGAGCCUGGCGGGGCUCUCUAGCGGGGGUUAUGAUCCCCGCCUCAAUUUAACGAUUGGAAAGUAAUGGCCGGAGCAGCUGCUGCUGCAGCAGCCGCAGCAGCAGUGGCAGUAGCUACGGCGGCCUCUUCCACCAAAGUUUCCGCUUCAUCGACCCCGCUUCUAAAUUCGCCUUCCACGAUGUCGACUAACACCAUCUCGCCCCCGAUUUCCAUAUCUAUGGGCCAGUUACCCUGGACCGCGGAUUCCCCGAUGCAGAUCGGCUUCGUGGGUGCAGGCCGUAUGGCUGAAGCUAUCGCGAUGGGCAUCAUCGUGUCAGGAAAAGUGGAAGCUAACAACGUAAUGGCCAGUGCUCCAUCAGACAAGAACCUGUGGCAUUUUCAGAAUCUGGGCUGUAAAACAACUCAUUCUAAUAUCGAAGUACUUCAGAACUGCUCCAUAGUUUUUUUUGCCACCAAGCCCCACAUCCUGCCUAUGGUGCUAGCUGAAGUUUCUCCUGUUGUCACCAGGAAGCACGUCCUUGUCUCAGUGGCUGCUGGUGUGUCUCUGCACACCUUGGAGAAGCUGCUUCCCCCCAAGUCAAGGGUGCUCCGGAUCAUGCCGAAUCUACCUUGCCGAGUCCAGGAGGGGGCAGUGGUGAUGGCUCGAGGCCGCCAUGCUGAGAAGUGUGAAACUGACUACCUGCAAAAGCUCUUAUCUGUCUGUGGUCUGUGUGAGGAGGUGCCGGAGGCCUACAUCAACAUCCACACAGGCCUCAGUGGCAGCGGCGUAGCCUAUGUUUGCAUGUUCUCCGAGGCUCUGGCAGAAGGUGCCAUCAAAUUGGGAAUGCCAAGUGGCCUGGCUCAUCAAAUUGCUGCCCAAACACUUCUGGGUGCAGCCAAAUUGCUUUUACAAAGUGGACAGCAUCCUGCGCAGCUUCGAUCUGAAGUGUGCACCCCUGGGGGAACCACCAUCUAUGGGCUCCAUGCCUUGGAGCAGGGUGGAUUACGAGCUGCUGCAAUGAACGCCGUGGAAGCUGCCACCCGCCGGGCACAGGAGCUGAAUAAGCAGUAGGGAUCCUGGGCACCAGCCAUCUCCUUCCCCAGUCUUGCUCCUCCUCCCUGGAGGUUGCAAGAGCUAACAGUGUGGGUGAAGGGAGAGACCUCUCAGCUGUGGGCAGAAAUCUCCUGCUCAAACCAGCUGGCAUCUUUCUUCCCUGGGCACAGGACCCUUUCCUUGAAGUGUACCCUAAUCAUUCCUUGUGUCCCUACACAAGGACUCCAGGUUGAUCUGCUUUUAGGCACAUCCUCUCCAUCCUGGGAUAUGUAUGGACACAUACUGGGAGGACAGCUUUCCCUUUCUCUCUCACUAGACUUGCCCCACUCUGCUCAUAGAUUUUGUGUGGGGCAAAAUGAAUUCCGGAUUGGGAUCCCUCCCAAGGAUCUAGUGGGAGAGGAUAGUAGCUCAGCCCUUUACAUUCCAAACCCUGCUUCCCCAGGAUCUUUCCAAACAGGCAGGAAACAAAAAGAUCCCCAAGUUUAUGCACCACUUGAUUUUAUGUUGGCUCAGCCUACUACAGCUCAAGCCUCAGUUUUUUUCAUCUCCACCCAGGAAAUUUCGAGGCACAAUCACCUUAAUAAAGCUCCAUGGGUCUUGUUGCUUCUGA